UUAAAUAAUGCAAAGUUACAGUAUGUAACUUUUUACAUAGUUACAAUAAUAUGUGAAAGCGUGUACCUUCAUACUAAAAAGCAGUUGUUGUGUAUACCUACUUAUGUAUAGAAUUGUAGUUAACUGUAUGAUUAUGGUGUUUUAUAUGUCUGCAUAUACCUAUGUUUGUGUUUAUUACCUCACAUUAUGAUACAUUCACCAUGAUACAAAGGAGAUGACGAACAUUCAAAUACCCAUACUCAUAUUUUAGCCCAUUUCUUUCAUAUAUCCUUGUGAUAACAUUCUAAUUAUGAUUACUAUUCUAACACCCACAUUUUUAUAUGGGAACUACGUCUAUAAUGUAGGUAACAGAAAUCCGAAUAAAACAUACAUUUUUAAAGCCUAAAUCUGAAUUUUAAAAUAUUCAGGCUAUCUUUGAGUACCAAUUAAUAAACAUACUCAAAACUAUUGGCUUUCAAACCUUUAUUCUAUACCAUAAGUGACAUUGACUCACUUUUUGUACUUUACAACAAGUAAUCUAAUUAGAUCUUAUGAUUAGCCCUCACAGUUGUCGUGUACUUACUAAAUUAGGCUUCGUAGUCUAAACAGGUAAUAUUAGGGACAAGUUAUUAGAAACAUUUGCAAAAAAUAAUUUUAAUCUGUAGAUCGAUUGUCUUUGUAAGAUGCUAUAGCCAUCAGUAAAAACAAUUCGAGGACGAAAUAGCAAUUUCCUUAUUUUAUUUCAUGAAUAAACAAGAUAAAAAUAUGUAGGUAUGUUACAUAUAAAUUUUAUUCACAAAAUCGUGAAUUGAAUGAAUUAUAACAAAGUUCUCGUACUUAGAAAAUCGCCAGGACAAAUGUUGGAGAUAUUAUCCGAUCCGACCUUGUAUUAUGUUUCAUGAAACUAUUCUCUACUGCUCAAACAUAAAGUUGAAAAUUUAUUGGCAAGGGUCGUGACACAUCCAUUGUCGUACAGCCUUGCAAUCGUCGCAUUUAUUCAUUAUUUCAUUAGAUUUGUCUUCGACUAAUCCUACAGUGACUUUGCUAUGGUAAAAAUAACUUUGAUUUUCGUAUUUGGUACUAAUUCUAAUUCAAGUAUUAUUUACUAUGUCGGGUUUAAUUUUCGCGGUUCAGUGGUUGAUACGUUUUGCAUAAAUUGCACUAUUCAGUAGGUAGUGACCUUGGACAAGCGUUCGGAACGGUCAUGGUUUGCUCAGUUGGGUCUCGAAUACGCGUCAUGCAUCACCUACGCAAUGUUUUCUCAAAGGAAAAAGAAGAAAAAGCAAAAUUCAAGCUAGAAUCUAAAGAAAAACUGAAAGAUGAGAAAAAAGAUAAGACGAAAGAUAAGGACAAGGAGAAGGUGAAGGAAAAAGAAAAGGAGAAAGUGAAAGAAAAAGAUAAGGAUAAAAAAGAUAAAAAGCUGACGAAAGUCCCAUCGACAUUCACAUGUGGAGUACCCUUCGAAGAAAUAUUUACCUUAGGAGUGGCUCUCCCGAUAUUUGGCGUACCGUUAGCGCAGUCAGUGGAGCGUUCGAGAUGUCACGACGACACCGGCCUGCCUCUCGUUGUACGAGACAGCAUCGAUUACCUACAGGCGCACGGUUUGAAAUCCAACCAGAUUUACCGUACGGAACCUGAUAAGAUCAAAAUGCAGCAGCUGAAGAAACUCUUCACGGACAGAGGACCUACAUUCCCUUACCAUUGGGAUGUUCCCGUGGCUUGUGCUAUGCUUAAAACUUUUAUUAGUGAACUCCCGGACUCUAUACUAACACAAGAGCUACACGGACAGUUCGAGCAAGCGACGGCUAUAGCCGAGCCACAGCGCGAGGCUACAAUGUUGGCACUCAUAGCCAAACUACCUCCACACAACUAUAGCCUGCUGGGCUGGAUCAUCAGGCACUUCGAAUGUGUUGUGGCUAAUGAACAGGCGAAUCACGCAAACAUUCAAACUAUAAUGACUGCAAUGGGACCAGCGCUCAACAUGUCGUUGAACCUCCUCACCUACUUGGUCUCCAAGGCUGAGAAGCUGUUCCCAGACGUCCAGCUUACGAAAUAUGUACCACCUUUAGCCUCCAUACCACCUGACUUCCCAGAGACAGCUCCUGAAUUAAGCAUGGAGCUUCGUAAGCAGGAGUCUCUAUUGAAUCAGAUACACGCAGAAAUGCACGCCGGGUUUAUCACGCCCGCCCGGGAUCAGCAACUGUGGGAGGCGCAGAGGAUUGUCACACAGCUGAAGAGAAAGCUCCGCUCAGUACAGAAAUCGGUAGAACCGCAAAACUCAUUACAACCACAACAUGCAUCAUUAGAUGAGAGGCACGAACAUAAAUCGGAGGAGGAACCAGUGAGGCGGAACUCUCAACCCUCACAACCAUCAGCACCCCCACAACUGCAACUAGAGGCACAACUCACUCCUCAAGAACCUCCCGAGGUCAAAACUCCAAAUGAACCAUUCUUAGACUCCAAAGAGUCGCCAAGCCAAGAACCCAUCUUCGAAGCCGAAUUCGAAGACAAUUUCGAAUUCAAACCAGAAAUCCCAAUAAAAGAAACACCUGAGCAGGAUAUACCUCCAGCAGAACCUAUCAAAGAAAAACCUAAACUAACAGAAAAAGAACUCAAAGUACUAAGAUUAGAACUUGAAAACGCAGAGUAUUUGCAACUUAAGUCGCUACUGCAAGCAAAAAUCAACUCUGAACAGUUUGAAAUAGUCAAACUUAGGAGCCAUGUUGCUUUGAAGAAUAAGGCUGAAGGUGGUCAGACGACAAAAGAUAGCAAGGAAAACAACGUGCAAGAUGAACAGGAGUUAAGACAAAGACUGAUUAAAGAGAAUGCGUUACUGGAGCAAAAGAGAAUCAACCUUAUUAACCAAAUAUUUCAGGAGAGAGUCGCUUGUAUUCAGUUGAAGAUAGAGCUCGCUAUGAAAGAAAUAUUGUCGAAGUCAUAAAGAGGUUGAAUCUAUGUUAACAGUGCUUAAAACAUGUCGUAGAGUGAAUCUCACAAUCAACUAUUCUGCCACUAUACAAGGCAAUGAAUAAAUGAUUUGUCAGAACAAAAAUUGUGAAAAAAAUUCCUUUGUUUAUCGAAAAAAAAAAAUCUUUAUGUGAUAGAUGUUACAAGAUUAAAUAAACGUUCCAGUAGAAGAUUUAAGUUAUGAAUAGCAGUUUAUAUCUCAUACUCUUUGGAAUAGAAUCCUAUAGGAAACUGCUUCCUUAGUCGAGUGAUAUGAAAAACUAAAUCGAGUUACAUCACUUCAAACUCGAGAACGGCUGGCCCAAUUUUCAUAUACUUCAAAUUUUUGUAUUCGAUGGCGUUCCAGACUCCAGACAACUAAUACACGAUCAAUGCAGGGAACUCCUUUUUGUUUUAUAUUUAGCAUGACAGC